ACCUCUCUCUCUCCCUCUCUCUCUCCCCUCCCUUCAUCGCUGUCCAUGGCCGACGACAACCCUUACGGAGCAGUUGGAGUGGAUGCAUACGCUCCGAAGCGCGGCAGAGCAGAGGGAGAUAGUGGGUCUGAGAGCGAGUCAGAGUGUGGACUGGGAUGGUCGGAUGAUGACGGAUCGGAGAGCGGGCAUGGUGGCGAGGUGGACGAGGACAUCAUCGUGUCGCUGAAGAACGUGCACAAGACGUACUUGCUGGGCGUGGAAGGCGUGCCGGCGUUGAGGGGCGUGUCGGCGUCGAUUCGCAGAGGAGAGUUUGUGGUCAUCUUUGGAACGUCCGGCGGCGGAAAGACGUCUCUGCUCAACAUUGUGGGCACCAUCGAUCGCCCUACCAAGGGCGAGGUGGUCAUUGGCGGCUUGCGGGUGACCAACUCGACGUCGGACAAGGAGCUGGCCAACAUUCGGCUCAAUCGGCUGGCUUUUGCUUUCAGACCUUCAACCUGCUUGGCUCGCUCGAUGCAGUCUCGAACGUCAUGCUCCCAAUGAUUCUCAAGGGCGUGCUCUCGCCGUCAGAGCGCAAGGCGCGGGCCGAGCUUGUGCUCCGGCAAGUCGGCAUGGGCCACCGGCUCAACCACUACCCGUCGAUGCUGUCUGGUGGCGAGCAGCAGCGAGUGACCAUCGCGCGCGCCAUUGGAAACCAGCCGGACCUGCUGCUGCUUGACGAGCCGACCGGCGAUCUCGACAUUGUCAACUCGAACGCCGUCGUCCGGCUCCUCCUCGACCUCAACAUCGACGACGGCAUCACGCUCAUCAUGGUUACCCACGACGUCAACCUCAAGGCCUUUGCAGACCGGGUCAUCUGGAUGCGCGACGGCAAGAUCUCGCGGGUUGAGGUCACGCCGCCCGACCGCAAGGCUGCCGCCAUCGCCCAGCUCGACGCCGACAUUGCCGCCGCUGCCGCCGCCGCCGCCGCCGUCGACGCCGAGUCGGACAAGCCUGCGGCUGGAGGCGCUACCUCUGCACCCACGGCCAACACACCAGUCACCUACGCCAACACCACCGUCCGAAUGCCUUCGUACUACGCUCCGGUCCGGCACGUCCGCACUCGCAAGGGCAAGCGCCGGCUCGCCAAGCAGCUCGCGCUCGCAGGCGUCGCCGACUCUGAACUCGAUCUUCCCAGCGUCGGCGCAGCGCCGCGACAGCAGCGAGAGCAGCGGCCGCGCCCUGAUGCCGGUCCGAUCCACCCGCCGGCCGACUUUCCCAUCGACGCCUCGUCAUCGUACUCGUUCUACUCGUACGAGGAGCAGGCCGAAGACGCCCUUGUCCGCACCGCAGGCUCGUGGGACAAGCAGUGCGUCGAUUCCGCCCGCCAGGCCGCCAUGGAGGCGGCUCAGAGCCGCGGUACACCCCAGUAGCCGAUCAGGCAGCCAACCAUCCCGCAGUGUACCCCCGAGCAAGUC